AUGACUCCUGUGCUGGGCUCGCAGUUUGCUUUGCGGUUGAGCGACGCGGAGCGCGACGCGCUGUUCGGGACGUGCGAGCGUCGUGAGAGCGUCGAACUUGCGGGGGAAGUGACGCCGUGCAGAAACGAUGGCCUGGGCCCGCAGCGCUUCAACGGCACGGAGGAGUCAUGCACGGCGCUGGGAUCGUGCAAAAUCAAGUCUCGCCGGACGUCUGCGUUCCGGACGUCCACGAGUUCAGGGACCACUACCACUGCAACCACCUACUACUACUACGAGUCUGCAUGCAUGGCAGAAGUCGCACGGCGCGAUGCACCAAGUGGCAAUAAGGUGCCCGGAAGUGGCCCCAUUUCCCGUUAUUUGUGUCGCUGCGAGCCUGUUCCUUUCACAACUUUGAUGCAGACCUCCUACAUCGGCAGCGACAGGCUCGUGCAGCAGCUGAUCGACGACGCCGAGGCGUGCGCGGACCUCGCCCCACAGAGCUGCCAGACUGGUCAGACCUUUUCCUAUACCGUCACCCAAAGCGAAGUUUCCUCCUCCAGCUCGGGAGGAUCAACGCUGCAGACGACAGCGCCGCAGGACACACAGGCACCUGAGCAACAACAGACCCAGGCGCCGCAGGGCACGCAGGGCUCCGCGGUCGCGACUUCAACGACCCCGACUGCGGGUGCUCCUAGUCAGCAGGGUUCGCCCACGCUUGCGGCGACGCCGGCACCUGCCACCACGCCGGCACCGACGGUCACGGAAUUUUUCACGGUCGUGUCGCAGCUCAGCGUGACGUUCGACUCCGCGCUGUCGGACAACCAGCUGCUCGGCGCCCAGCGAGGCAUUGCAGAGAGCAUGGGAAUGACGUUCCCGAGCCCAGGUCUGGAGAUCACGUUCCAGGUGGCUGCAUCCGCGUCCGUGCGGCGCUUGCUGGCCACGGCAUACGACGUGAACGUCCGCUACACCACCACGUCCGUCGACGACUCCACGGCAGUCAAGGCGCGGCUCGAGGACCCGGCCGCUCCAGCGAUGGUGAGUGCGGCGCUUCAGACGGCUACCGGCGUGGCGGUGAGCGGCGUCGCGGUGCAGUCGGUCGCUGUACAGCAGGUCGCGGUGUCGGCAGGGACAGCUCUGGGCUCGGCGGCCUCGCUGGCGAUCUCUGCCGUCGUUGGCUGUGCUCUGAUGGUCUGCGCUCUUCUGUGA